AGCUUUGCUCUAGGGUUAGGAAGGUUGAGCCGCCCAGCACCGUUGCAGAGUCCAGCGCUUGCUCUGUGGCUAUGCAUCUGCAGCAACGCUGCUUUGCUCAAUUGCAUCACAAUGGACAGGUCGCGGAUAUUCAUUAGAGACGCCAAAAGAGUCGUAAUUAAGAUCGGAACGGCGGUUGUAACUCGACAUGACGGGAGGCUUGCCCUUGGCAGGCUCGGCGCUAUUUGCGAACAGGUGAAGGAACUUAUAACUGAUGGCAUUGAGGUUAUCUUUGUCACCUCUGGUGCGGUCGGCGUGGGCAGACAGAAAUUGAGACACCAGAGAAUGAUGAACUCCAGUUUUGUAGAUUUGCAAAAACCUCAAGUGGAACUGGAUGGGAAACCUUGUGCAGCAGUGGGUCAAAGCGGACUUAUGGCUCUGUAUGACAGUUUGUUCAGCCAGUUGGACGUAGCAUCUUCACAACUUCUCGUGACGGAUAAUGACUUCAAGGACCCUGAAUUCCGGCAGCAAUUGUCUGAAACAGUUAACUCUCUCUUAGCGCUGCGUGUUGUUCCCAUAUUUAAUGAGAACGAUGCAAUCAGCACGAGGAAGUCGCCUUAUUUUGAUUCGACAGGCAUCUUUUGGGAUAAUGAUUCGUUGGCGGCUCUUCUCGCACUGGAAUUACAAGCUGAUCUUCUUAUUUUAUUAAGUGAUGUGGAAGGCCUCUACACGGGUCCUCCUAGCGAACCCAAGUCUCAGCUUAUUCACACGUAUCUGAAGGAGAAACACGAUGAUAUGGUCACGUUCGGUGAGAAAUCGAGGGUGGGUAGAGGCGGAAUGACUGCGAAGGUGUAUGCUGCCUGGCAAGCUGCUUCAGCUGGAAUUCCCGUUGUCAUUUCAAGUGGGUGCGUUGCGGAUGGCUUGCAGCGGGUUAUGCGAGGAGACCACGUUGGUACCCUCUUUCAUCGAGAUGCACAUCAGUGGGUUGAUCUGAAAGAAACAGGUGCCAGAAAUAUGGCUGUUGCUGCUAGGGAGGGCAGUCGCCGCUUGCAGGGCCUUACCUCCGAGGAGAGGAAAUCAAUUUUACAUGCGGUAGCAGAUGCCUUGCUAGCCAAUGAAGCCAUUAUUAAGGCGGAGAAUGAUGCUGAUGUGGAGCUUGCCCAAAUGACUGGCGUGUCGAAGGCUUUGGUUGGCCGUCUCACUAUCAAACCUGGGAAAAUUGCCGCACUUGCCAGUUCUCUCCGGACACUUGCAGACAUGAAAGAGCCCAUCGGGGAAGUGUUGAAGCGCACGGAGGUUGCUGAAGGACUUACUCUGGAGAAGACAUCUUGUCCUUUAGGAGUUGUUUUGGUUGUGUUCGAGUCUCGCCCUGAUGCCCUAGUUCAGAUAGCAUCUCUAGCAAUUCGUAGUGGGAACGGGCUUUUGCUGAAGGGCGGGAAGGAAGCAGCACGAUCGAAUGCUAUCCUACAUAAGGUUAUCACCGAAGCAUUGCCCAAGUCCGUUGGUCCUAAUCUUAUCGGUUUGGUCACUUCUCGGGAUGAGAUUCCGGACCUUCUUAAGUUGGAUGACGUCAUUGACUUGGUCAUACCACGUGGAAGCAACAAGCUAGUUGCGCAGAUCAAGGCAACCACGAAGAUUCCUGUUCUUGGUCAUGCAGACGGAGUCUGCCAUGUCUAUGUUGAUACGGCUGCUGAUCUAGAGAAAGCCAAGAAUAUCGUGAUUGACUCAAAAGUAGACUAUCCAGCUGCAUGCAACGCUCUGGAAACAUUGCUUGUCCAUGAAGAUUUGGUUGCAACUGGUGGUUUGGAAAUGCUAGCUUUUGCUUUACAGAGUGCUGGUGUGACCUUAUAUGGGGGGGCAAGAGCAUCCGGAAUAUUGAAGCUUCCAAGAGCAUCCAGCUACCACAUUGAAUACAGUGCAUUGUCUUGUACUGUCGAAGUUGUUAAAGAUGUUCAGGAAGCCAUUGAUCACAUCCAUGAACAUGGCAGCGCGCACACGGACUGCAUAGUGACCGAAAAUCAUAUUACCGCAGAGACCUUUCUUCAUCAUGUGGACAGUGCCGCUGUAUUUCAUAAUGCCAGUACCCGCUUUUCUGAUGGUGCUCGUUUUGGGCUUGGUGCUGAGGUGGGAAUAAGCACAGGCAGGAUUCAUGCACGUGGGCCUGUAGGAGUCGAAGGUCUUCUAACUACCAGAUGGUUGCUCAGAGGUAGUGGUCAGCUUGUUAAUGGAGAUAAGGGGGUGCAAUAUACACACAAAAAACUUCCAAUUGGUGAAGAUGAAGGUUUGGCAGCACUUGCAACUGCAAAUCAAUCUCUUGAGAAUGGCAACUCUGCUGUCAAAACUACGAGCAACGGCGCUGUUCCAAGUUAAGAGCUCAGCAUCUCUUGCCCGAUGUUGCUUGAUUUAAAGGUUGUAACCCAAGUACACCUUUUUUCUUGCCGGCCUGGUUUAUUCUGAACCGUUUGUGUUUUGAUUUAACAAGAACUGGUCCAUAAUGUGUUUUGCAUGGUGUGUAAUUUUUCCGGCCAAGCAGCUCAAUGACAUGGAUGAUUUUUCGUGCAGUUGAGAUUUCUACUGAACAUAUUAGCAUAGUGCUACUAUGAAAGUGACGACAUUUAAGUUUUUUCUGAUAACACGUUGAACCGAAGUCGUCUCUCGAAAUGACCAUUCAUCAGAGGCUAUACUCUCUGAAAUUUUUCUUGUUAGAUUUAUGUUCUACAGAUUAAAUAAGUUUUCCAAAGUCCUCUCCAGAUUAGAUCUAUCACAUACUAACACCUAUUAUUGACUUUAAUUCUGGAGAAAUGAUUCUAUUUAAUUAUAGAGCAUGUAGCCACUGUCCGGCAGUUUGCUACCUCUGCAUUCAAACAAGUUUGAGGCCAAGAGGAAUUAGGCACUCUGCCAAAAUGUGAAGUCAGAAUUGUAAUCCCGGAUAUUCUCGCCCCUGCUGCGGCUUUAGAUUCUGGUAUGAUA